CCAUUCUGGGUGUUUCUAUAUGAGCUCUUGUACAGUGUAUUAUUUCGCAGUACUGAAAGUAUAUCGAGAUCCGUGCAGCCAGCAACCACGUACUGAGAGCAUUGUAGUAUUGGUCUAGUAUGGACCUAGUAUCUGUACCCGGGGUGGCGGGUCCUAGCCUAGCCCCGAGAAUCACUUUCAGCUAUGCCCCGGUCAACAUGCAAUCCCUGGCCGAUGGCGGACACGUCGCCAGAGACGCCGCUCACCCCGGGCAUGGACACAGCCACGGGCAUGGAGCCCACGGGCAAGGGCACGGAGCCCACGGCCACGGAGCUCACGGCCACAGCCACGCUCCUCCGCACACGCCGGGCCACGGGAUGCCGCCGCCUGGACCGCCGAGCAUGGGCUCCCAUCAGGGGACUCCGCACCCUCACCAGCCUCCACCGCCACCUCCGAGUGCUCCCUCUCAUAGCCACAGCCACGGCCAGGACCACCCGUCAGCCUCAGCCACUGGCUCCACUCUGGAUGCCAUAGAGUCGUUUAUCCAGCAGGAGAGGGCCAACAUGAUCAUACCCACUCCUACCAGCGAGCGGCCACGCAUCCGCGGCCGAAUGACCCCCUAUGCCUUCUUUGUCCAGGAGCGCAGGGAGUACUAUCGGCAGCAGGGAGUCCCCGUCCAGUUCACAGCCUUCUCAAAGGAGUGUUCCUCCCUGUGGAAGGUGAUAAGCGAGGAGGAGAAGCAGAAGUACCAGAAGCUGGCAGAGGAGGACAGGGAGCGCUACAGGCGGGAGGUCAUGGGGGACUAUGGGAAGGGGGCCUCCAAGGGGGGAUCUCGCCGGGGCCGCAGGAAGAAGGAGCCAGGGCAGCCCAAGAGGAACAUGUGUGCCUUCCUCCACUUCUGCUCUGCCAAGAGGCCCAAACUGAAACAGGAGAAUCCUAGUCUCAGUGUUGGGUCCCUCGCCAAGCAGCUCUCGUCCGCCUGGAAACUCAUGACACCAGAACAGAAAAAACCCUACGACCUUCUCGCCGAGAAAGACAAACAGAGGUACGAGCAGCAGAAGCAGGCGUAUGAGGCGGGCUACUCUGCAGCCAUCCUGAAGACAGAUGUCCCUGGGGGCAGUGUUGGCCAGCCAGGCAUGGUCAUGAGUGCACCUCGUCACCGUCGCAGGAAGAAGGACCCUGACAUGCCUCGCAGGAACAUGUGAGGACACCUCCACACACACACACACCAUUCAGACCACAUUUGCGUACAGUUGUUUCAAACAUGUGUUGCUAGCAAGAAUCACGGUGUCAGUGAAGGCAAGAUUCAGGCAAAACUUCGAGCUGCCCUGGCUUUUGUGUGCAUUGCUAGACAACAGAGUGCUCCACCACUGAGCUAGCAAGAGACUCAAAGUUGUACAUUACAACACACAACACAAGGCGAAAUGAAAUAGUGGCGGAAGGCAAGGUACAGGUACAAAUUUUCACUGGUAAACACUUGCAUGGUGGGGUUGCUGCAGUUAACCUAUGUAGAUGCAUAUACAGUCUACAAGGCAACGGAUGAACGGAACAUUAACCAGUCAGUCAACUGAGUGCAGAGACUAACUCCAAUCCACAUGUGUACAUAACUAUCCCUGGUUGAGUAGGUCAGGGAUGACCUGGUUGAAUAUGCAUGUCGACCAAUAUGCACGUGGGGUCUAAGGUGGUCUAGACAUUGGGAUAGAAAGGUGCAUUUAUUGAGUAAGAACAGUGCCAUUUUGUGACCUUUAAACUGCUUACAUAAUACGACCCAGUGAAAGGAGAAUGCAAUAUUGUACAGAAAUCAUUUUCAGAGAAGGCUUCAUACUCCAUAUUCACUACAAUCCUGACAUGAAGUGUGAGACGUUUUACAAGGAAUAUACAGUAGCAAAUAUCGCCAUGGAAGUGUGUAUAGUCGUUAGAGCUAACGAAACUGCUGACGUGAUGCCCUCGAAUGCCGUAGAUGUGCAUGUUGUCGGUGUAUUAGAUGAGCGAGUUGUUUGAUGUGAGAAAACACAAAUCACAUCAUGUAGACAUACCGACUUCCGCCCACAACACUGUAGACAUAAGUGCCUCAAAACCCCAAUCGGCGAUAUAUAUAUAUAUAUAUAUAUAUACGCUGCACAAGCAUUGGUCGUUGUAGUACAUUUGUACAUUAGGAGCUGCCGUGCUGUAUUUCUGGAGUUGCUAGCACUGUGACUGGCUGUUUUGUGAAUGAGGAGACAGAGGUUUGUAUGUGUAGUCUCCACUCGGCCUGAGCCUAUGUGGCUGGCCAAGUUUGAUGAUCCCAUCUGCAACUCGCCCAUGCAGAGCUACAUAAAUUUAACUCAAAGUGCAUACAGCACGACUAGGAGUGAGCGGCAUAAGUACAUCUGCUGGGCA